AUGUCCGGCGGGAUGGGGUACCGCGCGUGGUACAACACCCACGCCUACGACACCGUGAGGCUGCCAUGUCUGAAGCCAUCCGCGGCGAGGAUGAUCUUGCGGGAGGACGACAUUGGACGCGGCGAGAGGAUGGAAGGAUGUGCGCACGAGCGCACCACCAGGUUCUUUCUUUGUCGCCCAAAAAUAAAGAGAAGGUCCCACACGCCCACGCCGCCACCUAGGCUGCCAUCCCCGCCGGCCUGCGCCGUCCCGACGAGAGAGAUGCAGAUGCCUCGCAAGCGUAAGAUCGUAGCAGAGGAAUAUGCUGUCGACAAGCCGGUGUACCUCGUUGUGGAGCACGAGGUCAAGGAGCCCUCCCACUCCAUCGUCAUCGCCGGCACAACGACGCCGCCGGUGAUGGUCCCCCUGCGCUACGCCAAGCGCGGCAUGUCCUUCGCGGCGGUGGACUCCCGGUGGAUCGUCGGCAUCGGAGGGGACUACCGGUGUCCCUUCUCUAUCUACGACCUAACCACCUCCAAGGAGUCUGGAGGCCCCAGGCUGCUCAAGAACAAGGUGAACCCGAUCCUGAUUCCGCACAACGGCAUGCUCUACAUCCUCUCGAGCCGCCCCAAAGUUGAUAUGGGUGCCGAUUUCUUGCCCUGGUUCGAGAUGAUCAACUUCAGGAACGGCAGUCUUCCUCAGUUCGGCGGUUGUGCUUCAUAUGAUCUCCCGCCGCCCCCCAUCUUCCCGUACCACAUCAACCCGCUCGAGUACCUCAACCCGCCGGACGUGCGCGUCGCUGCGUACGCCGUCGUCGACUCCCACAUCCUGCUCUCCGUCUACUAUCAGCAGCAGCACCACGAGGAGGAGGAGGAGCAGGAGCAGGAGAAGGGGACCUGCGCCUUCGACAUGGACAAAAAAGUGUGGGAUAUGGUGUAUGACAAGAGCUUGCCAUUCGUCGGCCAGGCCAUACCCCUCGGCAAUAACCUCUUUGUCGCCCGCUCCAAAGAGAGAAGUGGCGGCACUGCUGCAGCAGUGUACUACAUGGCUGUAUUCCCGGCAAAGGAUACAUCCACUGGCAAGAGCGAGCUAUCCAUUGUUGAGUUGCCGCUGGACCUGCCAAAGGGCCGCAUUGUUCCAGGGCAGCAUCUUUGUGCUCUGGGGAUGGGCAGUUUCUUUUCCUUUCAUGUUCGAUCUGUUGAUUCCAGUCCAGAUACCGUCUUUGAGAAAGCACGGGUUAUUCAGCGCACAUACUCUUUGGUGAAGGCGGAUGAUACUAGCGCCAAUCCUAAAGUAGUGAAGGGGGAGAGGAGGAGUUUUGAACUGCUUGAUCAAUCUUAUUUUUUUGCUCGCCCUGCACCGGUGGUAGCUGCUUUUACAAUGUAA